AUGCGAAGUUUUUGCCUGCUUAUAUUGGCAAUUUUCAUCUCCGGCGUCGCGGCGUUCCGCGCGGGCAACCGCCGCACCGGGGUUGCCAAUGCGCCUUUGACGCCGAAGCGUGAACAGCUGUCGCUCUUCAAGUCCGAUAAAGGCUGCAUCUUUGAGCGAAUAUCCGAUUCAUUGAACUAUAUAUCUGAUACAGUAAACAACAGGAUUCCAGGCGGCGUUGCUACCGUUAUUACCGUGCCUGUGGUAACCGCUGCAGCGGCAAUUGCCAUACAGAGUUACCUCGGACCAGACAAAUCCAAGGCAAUAAAACCAACGCUGAACCGUUACCAGUGCAGCGGCUGUGGUUUUACCAUCUUCCCCGCUAAGAACCGCGAAGAAAGAUUUUUCUCCUCGGUGAGCAACAUCGUACAUCAUGCACAGCGUGCAGAACUUCACAUGCCCAAAUUGCGGCGCACCAAAACAUAA